GUGUUGUAUAUGAUAUCGAUCACACCUUGGCUACUUGCUGAAACUCUGCCGGCCCCGAGACACACGUUGGGGGUAAGUAAUCGUCCCAGUGUGCUAGCAUGCCAAGUACGGCGAGUAUUGGCGUCUCUGCAGGAGCCAGAUUGGCGCUAUCGCCCAAGAAGAGCGCAUCGAGCACGACAUCGGCGCACGCAUACGAUUUCCAGGCACUCGAAUUCGGCAAAGGAGAAGAUGUUGCACAACGGUUGGUGCACCAGCACCAUCAACCUCUGCAGCAUCCAGCAACUGCAUCAUCAAGCGCGCCCAGGCAGCCACCACCACCUCGAUCUCGAGUUGUGACUGCACAACAUCAUCAAGCAGCGAACAGGCAACUGGGAGACCUGGAGAAAGGAGACCGGUUGUAUGGCUACAAGGUCGCCAACGUGCUUGGCCGGGGCAAAUUUUCCGUCGUGUACUUCGUGAAGAACCUGGAAGAUUCCAGCUCCCACGCGGCGUUGAAACGAAUUCGGAACGGCCGCCAGUCCGAGGUCGACAUUCUGGACCAUAUGGAGGCACACCCAAAUGUCCUCCAGAUGUAUUCGAGCUACUUCUCUGCGCAAGGAUUUCUGGACCUCCUACUGGAACAUUGCGCGUUGGGAGAUUUGAAGAGGUGUGGAUUAAGAUUAUAUGCUGUUAACCGUUCUCAGAGAACGUAGCAGGAGACUGCUAUUUUUGUUUUUUCCACCUGCGGGUAGUAGAAGAAGUUCCCCAAAGAUCCUGCGUGCAUGUCCAUCUGUGAGUACUUACUUACUUGUCUCUCUCGCCUCAUAAGUAUUUCCUUUUAGUGUCUGCUUCGAACAAAAUAAACAUUGUCAGGUGGAUCCGUCGCUGCGUGAACAAAGACUACUUCUUUGCCGAGCCGCAGAUUUGGCAGUACGCGGUUCAGCUGGCCAGUGCGCUGAACGCCGUCCACGCAGCCGGGGUUCUCCAUCGAGAUCUCAAGCCCGCGAACGUUCUUCUGGAUGCGCAGGGUGUCUGCAAACUGGCGGACUUCGGCCUCGCGCGGAAAAUCGAGGUACGACCCGCGACCGCAAAUCUUAGGGCGACUGACAGCACGCGGAACACCACAGAUGAACUUCUGUUUGACGAGGAGGACGGUUGCGACCAAAUGCAACUCUUUUCGAAAGUAGGAACGCCACUCUACAUGGCCCCCGAGGUCCUAGCCAACAAAGGUUACAACAGCGGCUGUGACGUUUGGAGCCUGGGAUGCGUUCUGUAUGAGCUACUCACCUUGAAGCAACCUUUUCGCACAUUAACCACGACAACCUCGGUAGUUGGCGAGGAUGUUGGUGCCCAGUUGGUUACUGGUGGAGGACCACCUGCUUUGCAAAGCUACAAAAAAAGCGGCGGAAACGGAAACGCGUCGCUGUACGAGCUUUUCCAGCGCAUUCAACGGGGCGAGUACCAAAAGCUGAAGCACCACGCGGCCACUGUGCGCGUGGACUUUCAUCCUGCGUUUGCCGCGCUGGUGACGGACAUGCUUCAAGUCCAGCCCACGCGACGGCCUAGCGCAGUACAAGCGCGCCAUUGCGUAACUGACGGGAUUUUGGGCCAAGAAGAGCAAGCGGACGCCUUGCGCGAAUUCGCAUCGCUACGGAAGGCCUACGACUUGAAGCCCGUGCUGCUAUCAAAGGCUGCGCUUGCAGGAAUAGCAAAAGUAGAACAUGACCCUGUGCCUGUAACGAGGUUUCACGCUAACGUCCAGGAUCCGUCGACCGCGUGUAGAAGUGCUAACACUUGUAGUUCUACCGCAGAAACCAAAACGGCGCCGCUCGAGCGAAACAGCGACCGAGACAACGAGCAAUCUCGACCGGCUGGUUUCCGUGACACUGCUAGUAGUAGUGCUACCACGACCAGGGGAGACGUCGACAUGCGUGUGGAGCAAGUUCAACAAGUCAAGGAAGCAUCUGCGUUCGGCAAGACUGCAGAGGAGCUGCUCGACACAACAGCAGCGAAAAAACAGGGAGGUGUCGAUCACGAUCAUCACAUGGAAAAGGACACGGGUUUUGGCACCACAACGGGUUCAUUGCGAGAACAUCGGCCGCAGCCGAUGGCAAUCGAGGACACUUCUGACACCCGCAGCAGAACGGGGUCCUUUUGCUCCAGCGCCUCCAGCAACCGGGGCAAUCUCGUCGUGCUCGAGAAACUUCCUACCUCGCCGCGAUCUAGUACAGUGACCCGAAGUAGGAUCGUGGACAAAAAGCGCAGUAGCCACGGUUCGUGUAGUGUGAUCAGUGGUCCCGGUGAGCCUGCUGGAGGAGGCACCAGCUCCUCCUCGUCGUCGUCUUGUGCGACCCGCCGGAGAAAGAGUCGGGAAAAGCAUCAGAGCAGGCCGCGCAGUUGUUCCGGAGCGUCUUCCGAGUUGAGCAAAAGCGGAUCUUUCAUUCGCGAUCAGUUCUGCCUGCGCCGGCCGUCUGUGAGUGCCACCACUAGGAGAGGUGGGCCCCUGCGGGACAAUCUGGAUUUUUUACACACGCACAACGCGGAAAGCAGGAGACAGAACGCCUGGGCCGCUGUAACGCCAGACGACGACGUGAUGAUUGAGGGAGCUGCGAGUCCGCAGCAUUUUUCGCAACAGGAUGAUACUGUUGAGCGGGAACAAGAUGAACCGUCCUUGGCCUCGGAACAGCAGCAACUGCUGUUCCAUCACGUCCCUGCUGCCCCCUCUGUGCCGGUUCCUGUAGGACCCAGGAGUAACUCACAAUUGCAAGAAAGUUGUGGCCCGCACGGGGUAAGAGAUCAUCUCCGGCCACCGAUAUCUUCUUGUGACGCUACUGCUUCGUCAGUUUGUCUGGCGGAUGCGGAUCGCAAUCUGGAUUCCCUUUUCAGAGAUCUUCAUCUCGGCCCAACACGGGAAGACCAAGAGCAAGACGGGCAACCGAAACAGCUGCAUCCCCUGUCUUCAUCUUCGUCAUCAAACAGAGAUGGCACAGCAUCAACAGAACACGCGCAACCGAACACUUUCCCUUCCGAAGGCGACGAUGACGAAACCUCAAAUGGUUCCCACAACGUAACUGCCGAUGGAGAGCCUCGAAAGGGCAAAACAGUGGAAGCAUCCUCAUCUUCGUCCACGUCCACACAGCGUCGACUCCCACCGUUUCCAUGCGAAACUCCUGAGGACGCAGUUCCAGUAGCCACUCACGGCUCGUCCUCACGUAUGAAUUUAUGUUCGCUUCUCCAGCAGGCCGCUACGACAGAUCUGAAAACUAGUCUCAUGACGCGGAAUGUCGAACCGACUUCGGGGGUUUCACGAGAUCCGCUGCUCCCCGCCCCGCUUUGCGUUGCGGAGGAGUUGGGCGAAAAGCUGAAGCUUCUGGGCUACAUCGGAAGUUGUGAUGGAUCAAGAUCCUCGCCGGUCGAUAGUGUAUUCGCAUCCAGACAAUCGACAGCAAAAGCGAGUAGAGCUCGGCAGCCGCACUUUUUGCACUAUCUCUUCUUGAUGGAUGAUACUGGUUCACCUUCGACUGUUCCUGUUUCUUCAUCCGACGGUGGUCAUGGUCUUGCAAUGAAUGAUCUCGACGAUGAUCUCGAGCUUUCCAGCUGCGCGGCGAGUGUUUUCAACGUGAAAGAGUCGCUGGCUCUGUCCUCAAACUUGCUGGACGGUGAGGACGAAGAAGGGACCAUUGAACUUGGGGAGUCGUGCAUGAUGUUGACAAGCGAGCACUCAGCCAUGCGAAAGUCCACCGCCGCUUCUUCAGCUCACGGCCUCCCUCGGGCGACGGCGAGGACCAACCGGAGCGGUGUCCUCUCCCAUCAACGCGGCAGCUCUUUCCAGUUCGUUCUGGGGCGGUACUCUCAGUUUUUUGCUACCGCGGACCUCCUGCUGUGGUUGCUGCGCCAGCUUCUUUCCAGUCACUCGACGGCGAGAAGCAGCAGCGCUGUUGUAGAAAGUCUUGCGCACGAGCUACAGGAGCUGCGCUCGAGAACUAGCAGCUCACGAAGCAGCACCGCAUCCUGGCCCUCUACAAGCCUCGACCAGGCCGUCGCGGACUUUUUACGCCGUCUGGUCACGAAAGUGCUGCACCUGUCCGCGCCAGCUGUACGAGAAGGAGAGGAACAAGUGGAGACCCUUCGCGGCCGCGACACUUUCGCGGGACAAGAAGGAUCACCAGAAUCCGCGCUGGAGCAUGAAAUUCAGAACAUGCUUCGAAUUUCCAUCGAGAAAGUGUGCCCUUCGCCCGAUUUGCUGCGCACUGAGCUCGCACACGGCUACGGAGAGUCGGUCUGUCGGGUCUUGAACGAACUCGCAACAUUGGUUCUCGUAGUGCGGGACUUUCACUUCCGCAGCCCCCUGCUGGAACACGUACAUAAUUCUGGCCGACCACAACAUAACCUUGGAAGUGCUGGACCUGUCAAUGCCUCAGCCUCAGGAGUCCACCAGGAAAUCGGAGCUACUCCGCAGCACGAUGAACGAGAAAUUUCGUUCCUAUCUUCGAUACGUGGUUCGAAAACCAACGUGUGGAACAGUUUUGCGCGGUUUGACUUGAGCCUGAGCCACAUGGUGCAGAGCGGGGUUUUCGCGAGUAUGCUUCAGAACUUCGGCGUGGCGGACGACGACGUCGACCCCGUCGGAGCAUCCAAACAAUGUACAGCAACAUCCUUAGGUCGUGACGGGAUAACGCAAGAAGUACCCGGCUCCAACUCUACUUCAGGAGCAGCAGCAGAUGCUGGUGCGGCUAGUAGACAAAGAAGCAAAGUACCAGCAGGAAAUCUCGAUCUGGAUCCGUCAUUGAACAAUGCCGACCAGAAGUUCCGCGAAGCGGCGCAACCGAUGGGUGAUUUCUACAGCUCAGCUCAUGACUCAGCACGCCCAGCUCCUUUCGAGGACGAGCCUCCUGGAGACGAGCCCUCGUUUGCUGCUUCCACGCGCAUCAAAAGGAGCAACCCGCGAAGUCAGCAAGUAGACGCACUGAGGACAACAGCGCACUUCGCUUCGAUGAAAGAUCUCCACCCGCUCGACGCGAGAAGUGCUGGCUCCUCCAGCAGUACGACAAAUGCUCACGGACGUCAACUACACUGUGCUGAUCCGACACGUAGCCAAGACCCUAGUACUGCUCGGCGCCAAAAAACGACAGCAGCAGGUGCUGUGGACGAUGUAAAAAUGGACGAGAGCAAGAACACGAGUGCAGUUUUCUAUCAUCCGGGGGUCAUUUCUGGGGUCGGUGACGGCGUGGUGCCUCUCGUGUUCUGCGAGGCCGAUCAUCUUCAGCUGAUUAAGCGAUCCAAAAGAAACUUCCCCCGCGACGCACCAGCCUCCGACGACGAGGAUAAGAAGAACGAAGUGGGUCUUGUCGUGGGGACCCCCAAGCCAAGUGAUGAUGAAAGCAAUUGUACCAUUGAUCCACCGAGUAACCAGAGGACACAGUCACUCGAAUGUCAAGCACACUUCGACCGAUAUCUCCAGCGGCGAAUACAAGGUGGACAGUCACAGGCGAUUCAAGGGUCAUUUCUCCCUCGUAGCGCUGACGACGAGCCCGGCAUGCAAACCGUAACCGCUCCCGAUCCACCUCCGAAGAACCGGCCAGGACUAGACUUUCUACGCAAAAUUGCGGAACGCGAAGCCGCUGGCAGCUGAGCGACGAGAAGCCGAAAACUGAGGCGUAGCGCAACCUUUUCCUUAACGUGCAUGCACGCGUUAUGGCGCGGCUGGGGCGGCGUUGGACCUUCUGGAGAUGCGGGUUGAAGAGGAGGCUUAGGCUUAUCAUCUAUGAUCUUUGCAAUUUUUUUAAAAUUCAUGGCCCUGACGGAUUGAAGUUCGAUACUGAUUACGAUUAUUUGCGUUUCGCAUUAACUACUUAUUUCGAACGUUUACACUUUGAUAUGUUUCGAUCAGAAAAUUAUCUCCAAGUCCCGCUAGGAGCACGACGAACUAGUGGAUAAACUGACUAAGUACCCAGUUGCAGGCGGACUUCUACAAAUUUUUACUCACGUGUUUCGAUUUUUCUUUUUGGGAUUGUUUACCUAAACGAGUUUCUAUUUCAUUGCGUCAAUCAUGAUGUCUCGUGCUACGCAGAUGCGGCGCUUAACAUGUAUGAUAGCUAACUUCUACAUUCUCGAGUAUAUCUUGUUAGUAAGUGUGAGUAGUGCGGACCCGAUGCGCCUUCGUUGAUUCUGGUUUUAUUUGUGCCC